AUGACCGGGACUCAGACGGUGACAACAGUUAGUGGAGAGAAACAGACAGUGGCGACAAUCAGUGCAGAGAAACACGCAAACUCAUCAAAGCGAGGAGCAAUGAACAAGACCAAGCCAGACAAGCGCAACAAGGCGCCCAGGAAGGCUGGAUGCUGCGCCUUCAUCCACGCCUUCCUGCGGCUGUUCACACGCAAGAAGCGUGGCCAGGAAAAGCCUGCUAUGAUACACACUUCCCUGGAAGAGGCUCUGCCUGUGCUGACUCAUCUCCGAGAGUCUGCGCUGCACCACACUGUUAAGGAAGAACAUGUAAUGGAAGAACAUCUUAAAGAAGAACAUCUUAUGGAAGAACAUCUUCAAGAAAAACAACUUAAAAAAGAACAUCUUAAGGAAGAAACUGUUAUGGAAGAACAUGUUAAGGAAGAAACUGUUAUAGAAGAACAUGUUAAGGAGGAACAUUUUAAGGAAGAACAUGUUAAGGAGGAACACGUUAUGGAAAAAAUUAUGGUGCAAGAAUCUACUGCUAAAGAAGAAACUAUUGUGAAGGAACCUGUUAUGCAGGAACCUGAUGUAGAACAUCUCAUGAAAGAACAUGAGGUCAAAGAACAUCUACUCGAAGAACAAGAGAUCGAACAACAUCUGAUGGAAGAACAAAAGGUCAAAGAUCAUAUGAUGGAAGAACAAAAGGUCAAAGAUCAUAUGAUGGAAGAACAAAAGGUCGGAGGACAUGUGAUGAAAGAACAAGAGGUCAAAGAGCCUCUGAUGGAAGAACAAGAGGUCAAAGAACCUCUGAUGGAAGAACAAGAGGUCAAAGAACAUCUGAUGGAGGAGCAGGAGAUCGAAGAGCAUUUGAUGGAAGAGGCUGUGCUGGAAGAGGCUGUGAAGGAACAGCCUGUGCGGGACAAGAGCAUGGCGGCCCAGCCUGCAGUGGAAGAGCCUGACGACAGCGACUCUGAUUUCAACGACGAUGUCGCUGACGACUCAGGCCCCAAGCAGUCGUCUUGGGAAGAGUGUCCGCGGCUUGCACGGCAGGGCAAGGCCUCCCUAGGCAAGGCCGAGAACAACAGCAUGAUGGCUACCGCCCCGCCCUCCGCCGCGCCCUCCACCACACACGAGCUGCUGCCGUGGCCGCAAGGCGCCGCCUGCACCUUCCAUAGCUCCGCUGUCGACCCUCCCACUACCUUGGUCAUGGGCACCAACAAGCACGAGACGGACCACCUCCUGACGCAGGCCACGGACCGCGUCGUCUUCUUCCACAUGGAUGACCUGCCCUCAGCCCACGUGUACCUGCAGCUGGAGCCCAAGGCUGUCAAGACCUGGGCUCAGGAAGUGGAUGAGGCGGAGGAGAAAGGCCUGGACGUGUUCGCCCCACAGACCAGCUGCCUUCCCUACAGUCUGAUACUUCACUGCGAGACAGGCGCCUCAGAAGAAAAUGAGGCUGCUGCAGCUGCAGCCACUGAGAUCAAGAUGAGUGCCACUCAGAAGCACAGAGCCCGCCGCAGGGCCUUAGCUGAAGCUCUUAAAGCUUCUGCAGAAAGCGAGGCUGCCGCGAAGCCCGAAGAAACUCGCGUGUCAUCAAAAAAUAAGGCUGCUGCAGCUGCAGCCACUGAGAUCAAGUUGAGCGCCUCCCAGAAGCGAAGGACCCGCCGCAAGGCCUUAGCUGAAGCGCUUAAAGCUUCAGCAGAAGGCGAGGCUGCCGCGAAGCCCGAAGAAACUCGCGCAGCAGCAGAAAGUGAGGCAUCAGUUCGGCCGCCGUGUGCAGAGAAAACCUCGCGCGCUGAUUGCACCAAAGGGAGUCGCACACCCGACAGGACGCCCAUUUGGGCUUCGCCCUCAGCGCGGGCGUCUGAGAACGACGGAGGUCCCUUGGUGACUGAAGCUACUGCUGCCCCGGCGACUCAUGGCGGGACGAGCGCUGCGAGGCGGCGAAGGGCCCGCCGCAAGGCAUUAGCCUCCUGGGCUAUGAGGGAGGCACGGCUCGUCGCGAGUACCCACUAA